GAUAUUUUUAGUGUUGUGAUCAAUGUAUUUUAUAUAGCCUCUUGGUAGUAUUUAUUGUGUAUUUAAUAGGCCUUAAAUGUAAAAGGCUACUAAGCUAAAUUAGGAAUGGGCCUCCUAAAAAGGAGAGCCCAUAUCAUUGUAAAACCUACCAUUCUAAGGAGGCUAUAAAUAGACCCCUUAGGAAUGGCUAGGUUAAGCUUUCCUCACUCAGAAAUAUUCCCUGCGCAUAGAAUAGAGCCUACAGAAGUUUUACGCUACAUAUUCUUCAUCUUUAUGUAAACUUUCUGGCUAUCAAUGGAAAGCUUCUUCUACUCCUAUUAAUCAGAUCUUAUACAUUAUAGAGUAGAAAUAGGGACCAACAAUUGGUAUCAGAGCUAAGCGUGUGACCGAUUGAAACUUCUGCAAAUUUUUCGAUCGAUUGAAGACAGAAGAAAACUCUUGCGCGAAACUUUUCGGAGAAGUUUUUGCUUCUUGCGCGAUUUUCUAUACUGUUUUUGCUGUCAUUUUUGCAGGAAAAUGUGUACAGGAAAGUGUUUAUAGGCUUGCAAGGAUCUGCUCUGUGAAAAAUCUCGCCCAGAAAGUUGGCGUACAGGUUAAGCUGGACUAGAGCGAUUCUGCAAUUUCGCACAACUCGCUGAAAAGACGAACAUAUUUAGCGCAAAACAGCUCCUGCGCGAUUUCAGCUUCGCGCAACACUCCUUGCGCCAUCUUGGAGUUGAGCGAUCCUCCAUUUGAACGAUCUCUUGACUUGAGCGAUCUUUGGAGUUGCCCCAUUUCAAAGUUGAGAGAUUUUGGAAGUUGAGCGAUUUGGACUUUUGCGUGACAUCGAGAGUUGAGCGAUCUUAAAAUCGAGAAGGGGCUUGCGCGAUUUCAGUUUCCUGCGCGAUCACAGUCCCCUUGCGCGAUUUUCCAGUUUGUGCGCGAUAAGGCCUGCGCGAUCACAGUCCCCUUGCGCGAUUUUCCAGUUUGUGCGCGAUAAGGCCUGCGCGAUUUCCCUUUCUUCUUGCGCGAUCCGGAUACUCUGUUGCGCUAUUUUCCCUCUUUGCCCGAAACGAGUUGCGCGAUCUACUCUUUUUGCGCGAUCAUAGCCCUGCGCGAAAGUACUGUGUUGCGCGAUUGACAGGUUCUGCGAGAAAGCCUUGCGCGAAGUUCUCUUCGGAGCAAAUUAAAUUUAAAAAAAAAAGGGAAGGAGGGGCAAAACUGUCUUUUGAGACCCGACAAAUUUUGCGGCUAUCGUGUCCGCAGGUCGCCCGCGCAGGGGGGGUGCGAAUUUUCAGUUUUGAACUUCAAGCCGAAAUCCCCUGUGCGCGAGAGCUCCCCUCUUCUCCUUCACCAUUUAAUCUUAAGGAAUGAGUGUUCCAUAUAUAUAGGCUCCAAAAGUCUCUUGGAGUUUAGGUGUGGGAUAAGUUAACAAGCUUACUUUUCCCUUCCCUUGGAAGAGUACACUUUUUGCACUUACCCACUUCAAGAGCUAAUUGUGAGCCCAAUUCAAACCUUGUGGUCAAACUCCAAAACCAAAGGUCUACACUUUGUCAAAACUUCAAAUAGUCAACCUUGGGAGAAAAAAAAAAAGAAAAAAAAAAUUAAUUAAUUAAAAAAAAAAAAAGUCAAAAAUCUCAAGGUUAAGACAAAUUUUUCUCAAAGUCAAAGCUACAUUUUCAAGAGCCACUAACCUGCAGAAAAACUUCAAUCAACCACACGUCAACGAUCAACAUUCAACAAUCAAUCAUGACUACCCCAACCGCUGCUGAUAAAGUGACUGCCCUCUCUGCUAAAAACAAGAAUGCAGACAGCGCUGUAAGCACUUCUAAUCCUUUUGCUUAUACUUGCUCUAGAACUGACCCACACGAUAGAAUUAAGGAGCUCGAGGAAAAAUUUAAUACGGGAUUUAGUGUGUAUAACAGACUACGUAUCAAUUCAGAGAAAAUCAUCACUAAGCUCACAACUGAAAAUAAGAGACUUAGUGCUAGCGAAAAAGAACUGACAGAGAAGCUUAGAACAACUGAGAAAGAGAGAAUUAGACUUUUUGGUGUCAAUAAUUUACUUAUGGAAAGAAGGGGUGCUCUUUACACCAAAAUCAAAGAACUCGAAGACCUGUUAGCCAAGAGAGACCAAACAGACCAGACUAUUUUCCUUAACCAGCCUAAGGACACUCGUUUCUAUAACGCCAAAGAAGGCUUGGGUUUGACCAAUCCUCAGAACCUGAAAAAGGUCAACUGUAGACAACUCUAUGAUGUUAGAUACAUGAAAAUAGGAUUGACCAAACUCAUGGCCUUCACUGGAACUGAAGAAACGAAUGCCCUUGAGGAUGAAAAGAGAAAGACAAAGGCUGGUGUCGAGGUUCCUUUUGACUACACAGAGUUAAACAAGAGUUACAAAACAAAAGAGCCCCCUUUGACUCCUGCUGAUGAAGUCAUAACUUAUGCUCCAGAAAAGGAAACUGUGCAAGAUGGAGAGGAACCUUCAACUUUAGAACCUGUAGUCAAACCAGCAUACAUUCCACCUCUUGUGAGAAAGUUUGCUGAGUUAAAAGAAUCUUUCGAUAAAGAAAAACAGGUUUUUGAACUUGAAAGAGAUCAACUUUUGAAAGAAAUAUCCAUGUUAAAAACAUCCUCUCAGUCCAUCACAGUUUCUCAACCCUCUUCCCACUCUUCCUCAGAAAAAUGCUUAGAAAAUUCAACCAACAGUUCUAAAACUUCUUCCACUCACUCUGAGCCUCCUUCUCAGACCGGAAACCAUGUGAAGAAGAGAGUUGAGAAGAGAGGAGAGUGGAUCGAGGAGAAGUUAAGAAGGAGGAAGAAAGAAGAAGAAUCUCAUCUAGGAAAUAAAAAUCAACGUUCGAGUGCUUUGUUUUACGUAAAGAAUAAGUCUAGAUCUGGCAUUAGUGAGCUUUCAACUAGUAGUACUAGAAGUGGUGUUCCUAGGAAUUUCCUAAGCGAACCCUCGACUAGUAAUGCUAAAAGAGUGGCUCCUAAGUGCUCUAGUUCUAAGACAUCUUUUAAGAAUUGCUACUCUAGUACUUGUUCUCUGAAUUGUGUUAAGUCAAUGAAAGUUUGUUGUUUUGAUUCUGAUUCCUUCUCCAACAAAGAUAAGAAUGUGAAUGUUCAGAGAUGCCCAAAGAAAUCAACUUCUGUGAAGGUGAACGUUGAGGGAGAGUACAAAUUACCUUGUUUAAAGUAUCCCCUCAAGGUUCACUCACUUAAACAUUUGAAAAGACUCUCUCAAGAAACAAUUUUAAAAGAUCAUCUGUCUGAACAUUCACUCACUGUUAAUGAAAUCUCCCUUGCUCCAAAAUUCAAACAACAAUGGGUUCCUAAGGCCGAAGCUGAAAAAUUAAGAACGCCAAACACUUCUCAAUCAGCUGGCCUAGGUUCCCAAAUAAAACAAAAGCUGAAACAUUUCUUUGACAUUGAUAAGGAAGGACCCACUUGGAGGUGGGUACCGAAAUGUACUUAAUCUGUUUUGCAGGUCCGCCAUGUGUGGUACCUGAUCCGAUUGCUCCACACACAUGGCGGGUGAGAAGAGCUGUGAGCAAUCAAUUGGUGCACAUUAUUAAGGGGAGUAUUGGCAUGUAUACUACCCCCACUGAGCAGAAUAUCAACAAAUGCACACCUCAACACCAACACAUGCCAAGAAGAAACAACAAGUGCUUAUUCUGAGGGGGAGUGUUUCAUUUUCACUCCUCCUGGUGCCUUACAACGAAGAGAGCACAUAUCAAGGGGGAGUUUUCUACUUUACUCCCGGGUGACAAACAACACCUUGCACAUUCUGAGGGGGAGUUACAUUUUUCUUCUCCUGGCGUCAAUCAAAGAUCAAUGCAAGACAAACCAAGGAUGUCAUGGCAGAACUAGUAACAAUCAAGACCGUCUACGGGAUCCAGAACUGGUACCCCAUCAAGGAGAACAACUCGAAGUUGGACCCAAAGGUCUUAUCCUGCCAUGAUGAUGUCAUGGUGGCUGUUUUGACAAGGCGCAAAAUUUAGAAGGCCCUGAACAAAAACUACGGAAGCACCAGAGGUGUAUCUCUAACAAUUCUGGAGAACACUCAACUAAGCAAGAAAUGCCUCUGGUGCGAGAAUUCUGAAAGCCACCAUUGACGACACCAAGGUGACCAACACCAAAGAGUUCAUGCAUCAAGUGCUCCAAACUCAAGAAUUGAUAAUGGGACGGAGUUCAAAAACAAGGAGCUGACCGAGUUCUACGAAGAUCGGGGAAUUACACAACAGUUCUUUGCAGCUAAAACACCACAGCAAAACGGAGUUGUAGAACGAUGGAACAAGACCUUGGUGGAAGCAGCCAGAACCAUACUGAUACAGUCAAAGCUUCCUCAUUUCAUGUGGGUUGAAGCUAUCAACACGGCUUGCUUCACAAAGAACUGGAUGGUGAUUCACAGACGAUUUGACAAGACACGCGAUGAGAUUGUGUUCAAGCAACUCCCUGACAUUGCCUUCUUCCGUGUCUUUGACUACAAGUGCUACAUUAUGAAUGAUAGGGAUGCUAGGGGGAAGCUUGAUCCGAAAGCAACUGAAGACAAAGAGGCUCAAUCAUCUUCUGAAGUAGGAGGACAGGGAGACGAGACAAGAUCGGAUGAGCACGUGGUAUUAGAUCCUCUGUUCGAACACUUUUACAGUCAACCACAUGCAUCACCAGCUACUACCGCUACAAAUUCUCAGACCUUCCUGUUAUAUGCUCCCACCGCAGAGAAAACACUCACUCCCACUCAGAAUGAUGAUGAGCACACAGAUGACGAAGCUGAAUAUGAACCAUCUACCCCGCAUAAUGAUCAACCUGAAGCAACUGCAACGCAAGAAACCCCAGGGGCACAACCAGAUCAAGAAUACACUGAUCCAGAUCAUUCAAUUAUAACUCCACUACCUCUACAACAUGAGAGAAAGUGGACGAGGGCACAUCUGCCAGAACUAAUAAUUGGUGAUCCAUCAAAAUGAAUCAGUACCAGAACCGCUUCAGCCAAUGAGUGCUUAUAUUCAUGUUUCCUGAGUCAGAAAGAAUCAACAAAUAUGACUGAAGCAUUGGCUGAUCCGGAUUGGGGUGAUUGCAAUGCAGAAAGAGAUGAACCAGUCUGAAAGACUGAAAGUUUGGACACUGGUGCCUAUGUCUUAUAGAAAAACCAUUAUUGGCACCAAAUGGGUAUCCAAGAACAAGAAGGAUGAGGACGGUGUGAUUAUCAGAAACAAGGCCCGCCUGGUAGCAAAAGGUUACAAUCAACAAGAAGGAAUCGACUACGAUGAGACCUUUGCACCAAUGGCGAGGAUUGAGGCCAUCAGAUUAUCUCUUGAUUAUGUUGCUCACAAAAGAUUCACCGUCUGUCAGGUGAAUGUAAAGACUGCAUCUCUGAAUGGAGACCUGAAAGAAGAGGUCUAUGUAGCACAACUUGAUGGAUUCGUAGAUCCCGAAUGCCCCAAACCCUAGAACAAGUUGAAUACGAUGAAUUGGCCAAUAAAAAGACAUCAUGAAAGAAAUGAUCAUGUUAGGCUAUGCUAUGCCGAUCAAGCUCAUCUCCCAGGUCAAACCCGACAGACUACCACGACCAUGGAGGACUCUGAUGGCAACCUUGAACAAGUGCUGCAUUGCCAAACACCAUAGCUUCGACAUGUGUAUCAUCUAUCUUCUGACUGCCUUCCAUGGUGUGGCAUUCAACAAAAACGACGAUUUUGUCUCGCUGAUCUGGGACGACAUCAGGAAGAAGAAAAACAUUGGUUCUGAAGAUGCGACGUGUCUCUAGAACAACUCCAACUAUCCACCAAAGACUAUCUACUGAGAUUCUGAGAACGUCAGCACUCCAUCCCUCAAGUGCAUUCAGAUGGUGACUGAGGAUCCUACACUCUUACCAUUCACCAUACUUGUGUCUUUGCUGCAGCUAGCUAAUCUGAAUGAUCCAUCUGUCUGACGCUACUGCUAGAAGAACAAUAUCAUACUCCCUAUGGCUCAGAUAAACCCCCCUGAGCCUACCCCGGGGAGUCAGCCGAGAGAUAGUGAGGGUCCUGAGAGUUCUACCCAGCCACAAAGACCAGUGGCAAGUCGGCCCCAUGAUGAUCAGACUACGUCUGCUGAGGGCCAACCCCAAGUUGCUGAGGAGAUUUCCCAUGAUUCGCCAAGCGUAGCCAGAACAAUAAACGCUGACGAUGAGGGCUCCGGUAGCAAGGCUAACAAGCGCAACAAAGUCAACAAGGAUGAUGAGAUUAAUGAUGAUGCGGACGACAACGCUAAUCAAGCCAGGGAGCCUCCGGUACAAAAACGCCGACUCAUUAUCAGGCUCCCCACGGAAACAGAAAUAGAGGCGUCUUACUCACAAACAAGCAAAGAAGGAGAUAUCAUAAGUGAGACGCGCUCCAAGCAUCAAAAUGACAUACUUCCUCAUCAUUCACUCUUACAUAGAGAAUACAAACCGCAAGCAGCCUGACCAAAGAAUUAGCCAUGUUUGACGAGUGUACAAACCUAGAUGUAGUAAACCGGACUGACCCCAUAGGAGCAGAAGCUGACUUUCUCAGUUUUCGAGUAGAAGACGCAGCAUCUAGUCCAACUGCGCAUGCACAAGCCACACCUAGCCACUCUGCUGCCUCCCAACAGGUAGUAGUUUCACAAAUAGGGGAUCAUAUACCCACCUCUCUGCCCCCUUACGGAGCAGUUGGGGACAAACAUAGUGGUCUAUCACCCCGGGCCACUACCCCUUCUUCAAUCACAUUGAGUCUAGGUGUCACACUCCCUACAUUUUCAACUUUUCUAGGACACAUACACUCCUCACACAACCACAUCUACAGGUCCACUUUACCUGUCAUCAACGAUCGGAGAUAAGUCGAUGAUGAUCGGAAGUCCUGCUGCCCAACAGAUAACUCAAUCAUUAUUAUCUGCAGGCCACACAUCGGUAAUUUUUACUGAUGUUGUGACAACGGUUAUUACCCCUGUAACCGGAAACCCUGACCUUACCGACUUUUUAGUCUUUUUGCAGCGUUUCAUGGAUUCCACCAUUAAGCCAUGGGUGCACGAAGCAAUAACCGCUCGGGCACAGGAAUUCACGAACACCCCGACGCUGUUUAACGACAUCAUCCAACCUCAACCAUCAUCCUCACACUCUUAACAACAACUUACCCCUUUCCUUACACGUCAAAAUUCUGAACCCUCCACCACACAACCUACCACUCCUACCACCUCAAGGGGAACCCAGGAUACAAAACUAGUGUCCUCCCCUAUAUCGACCACACCCUACCCUAAUCCACGCACUAUGGUUUUCGAGGAACUCCAAUCUAUUAUGCUAGCAAGAAACCGACAGCACAUGCAGUGACAGUCUCCGCAGUCACAAACGUUCGCAUGAGGACCCUGAUGAUUCGGAUCCUCAUGAGGGGGAGAACAAGAGGCAGCGGACACUUGAGCAUGUUGCAUCAACUAGCCAACAACCACAACUUGAAUCCUCUAACAACCAACAACCCCAAUCAUCUAGCCAACCCAAAAGCCAUACCACUCAGGAGGUUGAGCUGCGCGAAAUACGGAUAAAUGCAAGGUUUCUCUCAAGGAUGCACAUUUUUAAGGGGGGUUCUAUUUUCUCCUCCCGGUGACGAACAAUGACAAAGCAUACCGAGUGCUCCAGUUGAGGGGGAGCACAGAGAGAAAAUAAACAAGAUCAAUGAGAGAGAUGUCCUAAUGGCUUAGUAAACCCAACUAAGCCUACCCAAGGGACAAAGCCGAGAGUGAGUGAGUAACUGAGUGAAUAUUAUGAGAGUGAGGAAGCAGAAGGCUCCGUUGAGCAAGAAGACAAUAAUCAAUGACAAAUCUGCUACCUCAAAUGAGCUAUCAAUCGAGGAAUCAAUCCCAGUCACUCAAAUACUCCGGACAAUCCCCAUAGGUUCAGGACUGAAUUUAUUCAGAUCCCGGGUAGAAGUCGCUGCAUUUUGUCCAAACAGCGCGUGCACAACCCUACCCUAGACCACUCACUUGUCUCCCAACAGACAGGUGUUUAAUCACUGUUCGCGGGGAACCUCAUCUCUUAUCACCGUCUUCUUCUGAGGCGACUGAUACUGACUACAGUGGCCCUCAGCCCCAUGCCACUGAACUUUCAUUGAUCACGUUGUGUCUAGUUAUCUCACUCCUAAAUGUUUUGAAUUUUCUAAGACACGGACACAUUUUUAGAGUCAGUUGCAGGUCCAAGUGACCAUGCGAGAACUUCCAUAGGCUCAUCUUCUAUAGAUGCAGACCGAUGAUUGGAUGGAAGUCCUGAUGUUGCAACAUAGAAAUCACCAACAUUUUCAGGCCAUCAUUUAGAGUUCAUCUCUAUAGUGAUGAUAACGGGUGUCUACAUGAUCCCGGGGGGCUACAAUUAUCCAUGCUGAUCCUAGUGAUCAUGCCAUAACGACCAGAGUGACAUCUACUUCAGAUGUUUCACAUGAUUGGUUGGAAGUCCUGUUAGAGCUACAACGUUUCUAUCAUUAUAUACAGGCCACACAUCGGUGUUUACAUUGAUGUUGUGUUAACGGAACACCACAGUGUCUUCGGUCCUUAUCCUUUCAUUUUUUUUCCAUUUUCUGUUUUCCAGAAUAAAAGAAUAAAGGCAUGACAUCCCGAUUCAUUGGAUUGUCCUGAGGGGGAGAGUGGUCCACAUCUUGUUUACUCUCAAAAAUCAUUCCCGGACACUUUUCUCCUCCAGCUCAAAAACAAUGGCUCUCCACUCUUUCAGAUUUAUCAACUGCCAAGUCAGCUUCAGAUCUAAUGGUCAGCUAUGCUCACAAGUCAACCAUCAUUUUCCGCUGUGCCACCGACAACUGUUCCUCAAAAGCAUUCACAAUCGAAUAGUCAGAAAAGGCUACAUUCUGGAGGAUACAGAGGUCGGAUGAUCAAAUAGUGAAGAUGAAUCCCUUAUGCGCCUAGAUUUCUUCAGAACAAUCAUUCUAAAGGCGCCAUCGGAUUCAUUCAAGCUGAUCAAGAGAAACUUCUGAAAGGCAAGGAUUAAAAGCAAGAUUUUGAAGAAUCCCUCAACCCCCGGCAUCAAAGAACGAAAUGAAUGAAUAACACCAAGGGGGAGAUUGUAAGGAUUUCUUCAUGAAGCCUUUCCAAGAAGACAAAAGAAGCUGAACUGAAAGAAUUUGAUCGACUAAAGCGGUGCUAGACGCAAUCAAUGCUCGACUCGAAAAGAGGAGAAUGCUGCACCAAUAUGAACAUGCUCUAGCACUACAAAGCAACUACUACAAGAGGCAGAAGAAUCCACAAGAGCCAACAACAGACAUUUGAUCACAAAGGGGGAGAAUGUUAGAGAUAUUUUUAGUGUUGUGAUCAAUGUAUUUUAUAUAGCCUCUUGGUAGUAUUUAUUGUGUAUUUAAUAGGCCUUAAAUGUAAAAGGCUACUAAGCUAAAUUAGGAAUGGGCCUCCUAAAAAGGAGAGCCCAUAUCAUUGUAAAACCUACCAUUCUAAGGAGGCUAUAAAUAGACCCCUUAGGAAUGGCUAGGUUAAGCUUUCCUCACUCAGAAAAAUUCCCUGCGCAUAGAAUAGAGCCUACAGAAGUUUUACGCUACAUAUUCUUCAUCUUUAUGUAAACUUUCUGGCUAUCAAUGGAAAGCUUCUUCUACUCC